AUGAUUUCAUCUGAAUCUCAUCCCAAACACGUCUCAAAAGAGAAAUCGUCAUUAGGUACAACAAUAACUACAUCAAGUAUAAACGAAUCAUCUAGUUCAAGUUUACAAUCACAACUCACUAUGUCGUCAUCAUGCGAAGACUCAAUAGAUCAAAUUACUAAUCCAAAAAAAUUAUACGCUAUUACAAAUGAAUCAACUCAUGCAUAUUCUUAUAAUCCUUUAUCACCAAAUUCUUUAACAGUUAGAUUAAAUAUAUUAAAGAGAACUUUACAAAUACUAAUUAAAAAUCCUGAUAUGUUAAGAGAGCCACAUCAAAUUGAUAAUCACCAAUAUUCAAAUAAUAAUAAUAAUAAUAAUAAUAAUAAUAAUAAUAAUCAUAUAAGACAUAAUACAGAAUUAUUUAAUGGAAGUCAUAGAAUAGCUACACUGAAUGCGUUUGUAAAUAAUACUCAAGGAAAUGAUAUUAUUACUCUGGGAACUAAUAAUGGAUCUAGUUCUUCAAAUGGUUCGUCAGGAGCCUCGACAUUAGUCUUUAAACCACCUAUUGGAAGAAGAUCAAUAUCAACAUUAGCAUACCAACAUCCAGAAAAGGAAGAUGAUGAGGAAUCUGAAGAUUUCGAUACUGAAACGUUUACUAGUUCUAUUAGAGAGCCACCACUAAGACCUGCAUUAUAUCAAAAUAAAGAAGCAAGUAAUUCUUCUGAAUUGAUUCAAACUCAAAGAACGGAAUUAUCAGAUUUAUUACAAUUUUUGAAUGAAACUCUAGAAAAAAAUACUUCAUCAAGGGCUUCUGAUUUACAUCAAUUAUCUCUUUUGAAUAUUAAUAAAUUAUUUAAUUCUGCUACAAAUGAUCAAACAACUACAUUACAUAUGAAGAAAACGUUAUUAGAUAGUUUAGCUGAACCAUUUGUUGAACAUAUGGAGCCAUAUGUCGGACAUAAUAUGAUAAUAGAGGAUAAGAUACGUAAUAUUAUCAAUGCAUUCACAUCAGCAAAAAAUUCUCAUUCAAUGGCUAUAUUUACUGCAGAACAAGAUUAUCCUUGGUCAUUUAAAUCUGCUAAUGAUUUGACAUGUUUGAACUUCGGUGUAAGUAAGAAGACUAUUAAAAUCUUGACUUUAUUAGAUUUAAUUCAUUUAGAUGCAAGAGAUUUUGUGAUUGGGAAAUUAACAAGUUUAAAUAUUAAAGAUAAUGAUAUGGUAAUGACAGGAGAAAUUAUUCCAACUGUUUCUAAUGGUUUAUUAUCUUGGAGUUCAUUAUGGAUUAAAAAGAAAAAUGAUAUGUUAGUUUGUGUCUUUGAAAAUGUUCCUUGUGAUUUUAUGGAUUUAUCCUUGGAUUAUAAUAAUGGAUUUAAUAUUAAAAAAAUUCAUAAUGGUGAUAACAAUAAUUUAUUAAUUCAAUCAUCAACGAUACCCACCCUUGAACAAGUUAAUUUAAUGAAUAUUAAUGAUGAGAAUCAAUUAAAUACAUCAUAUUUCAGUAAAUCAUUGAACAGUUUAAUUGAAUCGAAGAUUGAAAAUUAUCAAGAUGAUGAUCCAGAAGAAUUAGCAAUGAUUGUAGCUAAAGAAAUUAACGCAAAAAGAUAUUUUACCUUGAACCAUUUAUCAUCAAAUAUACCAUGUGCUAUCUCGGCAUCGAUAUUAAAUGAUUCAUUGAAAUUGAAAGUCCAUAGUUUACCUUAUCAAUCUGGUUUAUUUAUCUUAAAUAUGGAUAGCCAUAAUGAUCAACAAUAUAAGAUGGUUAGCUUCAAUAAAUCCAUUUCAAAAAACUUGUUUGGUUAUCGUUAUAAUGAAUUGAUAAAUGAACCAAUCACGAAAAUAAUACCCCAUUUUAACGAACUUAUUCAGUACGUUACUGAAAAUCAUCCGUCCUUAGAUAUUAAAUCUAACGAUAACGAGGGUCUUAUCCUUACAGAACAUUUCUUCAGAAAUAUUCAAUCAAGAAUGGACAGUAACCCUCAAGGUUUCUAUACUUCUAUUGGUAUAGACGGUCAACAUAAGGAUGGAUCUUUUAUCAAGAUAGACAUACAAUUACGUGUCAUCAAUGGUCAUAUCUUGUCUCUAUGGUUGACACAUUCAAGGGAUGUAAUCUUUAAUGAAUAUAAUACUAUACCUUCACAACUACACAUAAUGGAACAAGAACAAGAAGGAAAUUUUCAAUCAUUAAUGAAAGAGCUAACUUUAAGUGGUGAUUACCCUGAAAAUGAAACCAUUACCAAAGACACCAAAGAAGAAUCUAGUGAAGAUGAAAUUAUAGAUCAAUCUGCAGAGGUUUCAUCUUCUAUUGCCGAUGCAAUGAGAGAAAGUGAUGAAGGAUUUGAAAUGAGAGUUAGAGUUGAAAUUGCCAGGAAGACUGUUGUCACUGACAAAUCAAAUUUCGUUAACUCUAAUUCUUUUCGACUUGAUGAAGAUAAGAUAAACACACCAUUACAACCUCAAGAAUACCCUACCUUAGCUACCAUAGGUACUAACAGAAGAACUACCAAGUUUUCUGAUUUUAGUAUAGUCAGAAUGUUAGGUGAAGGUGCUUACGGUAAAGUUCAUCUUUGUAUCCAUAACAAAACCAAAAAAUUAGUAAUAAUCAAAUCUAUCGUGAAAGAAAGAAUCCUAGUUGAUACUUGGGUUCGUGAUAGACAAUUAGGGACUAUCCCAUCCGAAAUUGAUAUUAUGGCUAAGUUUAAUAAUGACCCCCAUGAUAAUAUUCUUAAGAUUCUUGGUUUUUUUGAAGAUGAUAGUUACUAUUAUAUCGAAAUUGAAAGACAUGGUGGUGAACUUGGUUGUGUUGACUUAUUUGAUCUAAUCGAGUUUAGACAGAAAAUGAAUGAACAUGAAUGUAAAUUGAUUUUCAAACAGAUUGUACUGGCCAUAAAGCACAUGCACGACCAUGGAAUUGUCCAUAGAGAUAUCAAAGAUGAGAAUGUCAUUGUUGAUACUUAUGGUUACGUCAAACUGAUCGAUUUUGGUUCCGCAGCAUACGUGAAAAGUGGUCCUUUUGAUGUGUUUGUUGGUACCAUAGAUUACGCUGCACCUGAAGUUUUAAAUGGUAACCCAUAUAGAGGUAAACCCCAAGAUAUAUGGGCUAUUGGUAUCUUAUUGUACACCAUGAUAUUCCACGAAAACCCCUUUUACAAUGUUGAUGAAAUACUUGAAGGAAAAUUAAGAUUCAACAGUGAAAAGAUCAUCAGCGAUGAAUGUAAGUCCUUAAUUCAAAAAAUUCUUAACCGUGACAUUGAUAGCAGACCAAAUAUCGAUGAUAUUAUAACCUCCGAAUGGUUAAAAGAUUGCAUGACAUAG